GCUCUAUCAAGUCGUCAUUGUUUCUUGGAUUGAAGAAUAUUAACCUCUUCAGCCAGCAUGUCUCGCGAGGUGUUGAAAGCCGCCAAAGCGGCCUCCCAUGUGAUUGAUGUUCAUAAGAAAUAUACCGUUCAAUCUACUGGUAUUUGGGAGCGGUUGCGACGUCUCCUGGCAGUCGACCCAACCCGUUCGACAGGAGUUCCACUGAAUGCUCAAUUCCGCAACCCCUCGCCAGGAGCCCUGCCGCCUUUAUCUUACGAUGACCCGGUGACUGUUCCCGCAGCAGACCUUGCCGAUAAUCCCUACUGGAAGCGUGACGUUCGCAGAAACUACCCCAGGCUCAGCACUGUUAACCAGGCAGAUGCUGUCGGCCUCCUUAGUUUCGGCAGCCGUGCAGCCCCCAACGAUUCUGCUUUAAAGAUUGGGGAGGCGGGUGAAAAGCAGCUUGUGGAGUCAAAACGAGAAGGCGAGGAACGUGGCCUGGCUGCCCUUUUCAACAAAGACAAAAGUAGUGUACAAAAUGCAUUGGGCGCCAAUGGUUUACCUCCAACUCCCUGCAAUCUGAAUUCUGCAUCGAAAUACCAACUCGGUGAUGAGCAUGGCUAUCCUGCCGUGUACCCAUGUCGUACCUUUGUCUAGUUUUUUCGCCAUAGAUAAAUGCCAAUUGUGUUAAAUUU